AUGGAGAGGAAUAUUUCCAAUUUAGGCCCAGUGCGGAAUGGCUAUCGUAUCACAAAUCUAACACUAGACCUCCCGACACCUUACGCACAUCUCUACCGAGAUAAACGCGACACGAUAAGACUCGUGGAAUGCUUUGGGCUAUUUGAGGAUUACUACUGUAAGCCGAACGCUUCUACGAUGGGCUGUCCAGUCAACCUUGGCGUCUCAUCAUACUAUAUAAAUCAUAGAGCUCCUCGGACCCUCAGUCCACAAUACAUGACUCCUCUCAUAAGUCGUGCCCGUACAAGGUUACAACUUCAAAUCAGUAGAGCGUAUGUUCUCAGCCUCUCUGGCACUAUUGUGGGUACCGGUACCGAGGCACAUUGUCUGUACCUUUUCCACCUUAGCGCCAUGUAUCGCAUAUUGAAGUGUAAUGUAAGGUCUCUGGAGCUCGAGAGAGCUCAGAGAGCCCAAAUUCAGCCUGACACAUGGUCACGUGAUUUAUUGUCACGUGCGACACCAUGUUCUAUUCUCUUUGGCUACGAUUACAACUCCGGCCCAAUACCACCUCUCUUCGACAAGCUAUUCCGUUCCGUCUCGGGUGCGCUACGAGUCUAUCAGAAGCCCACUGAAAUCUGCCUUUCUCAUCUUCACCCUCCUGGCGUCAUCGGGAUGGACAAUCGCGACUUUGGACACCCGCGAACCGUGUAUGAAACUUCCCAAAUUUUUGAAGACUAUAAUCUCGCUGAAUUUGGAUACCCAGGUAGUCCCUACUCUUCUAGAGGUGGCCCCGAACAGAAGAUGGAACUAUUAUCGGGAGUUGGGUCGCUCGCUGUUCAAAAGGAGCCGGAUACGCGUUUUCCUAGAUAUAUCGGAAGCACUGUUCUAGCACAUAGCUUAGGGAAUAUAGCAGGUUACAUGGUGGAAAUUGAGUCUAGGGCGAUCGGAGUCACGCUUCAUCACCUCUUCGUUGACAACUUUAUGAAUGAGCAGUCUCCUUAUGUGAGACUCCCCGCCAAACUGCCCAAGAGGUUCCAAAGGGAACUCUCACACCGUCUCGCUUCACUGAUACUUGGCAACAGGAACUUAGGUUCUGGCACCGUAUUGUCGAGGAUGAUACGGUUUCGGAAUGAUUUAAGGAGGACAAAUUUGAAGGAUUUUGAUUGGGUGCACUAUAAUCGAAUGUGCUACAACCCGCUGCACGAAUUUUGCUGCACAGAUGACGCCGAGCUUUACCUUCUCUAUUCUUUAAGGAUGAAAUUAGCCUUCUCUAAGAAACGACGAGCGAGAGCUGAGAAGAUUUGGCAGUACUUGAUAGUAUCCCAAAGCGAACCAAAAUUCCUGUUGGCAAUACAGUGCAUGAAGGGUGAUCCCUUUUCGGCUAGUGCGCUAGGAUUUGCGCACUUCAAAUCCAACGUCAAAUUACACAAUAGCUCUUCUAACUUCUCUGAUUGGAGCAUUCUAAGUCAGAAAGCCUCUGGGAUUUGGGUGAGAUCCUUUAAGGUAUGUGUGAUGCUGGAAAACUUAUUGCAACACUUGACCCUCAUAUUGACCCUCAAGUGUCGCGUCCCACGCGUCCCACGUGUCCCUGCCAUCUUGUUUGUAUUUCGUCUUUGUUUUGUUCAAGUCAAGUCAUUAUCUUGUGGACGACACCCUUCGGUUACUCUAGUCAGUGUUAAUGUUUUCUCCUGCAUUUUCCAUCAGUGUUCACAUUCGAGCAUAGCCGUGGUAGGAGCUUUUGAAUUUCGUGGUGUGGAGAAAGGUUGGACCAUCGUUCAUUGGGUGGCUGGUAGUGAUUCAGAAAUGCAAGGCUUUUGGGCGGCUCGCUCCGUGAGGUUAUUUCCUCAAAGCCUUGGCGCUGGCUACAAAGUCGACGGUUCACGAGUCCUCCGUCCUCGUUGCCUCCAACUUUUUCGAACCCCACCUCGAGGUCACUGUCGCACGUAUCUCACGCGAUACCAUACCCAUGUACUGCACUAUUCACUCAUUAGGGCUAGCUCCUUUCUCGUACAGUAUAUAACCUUACAAUACACUCGUGAAAUCCACUUUGUUUGGAUCUCAGUACCUUGUCGACUCGCUUACCAUAUGAUCCCUUCUCAACUCAUGCAAGAGUCACGACCGUCAAUUAUUGUUCGAUUCUGCACGCAUCGCCUGGAUGCUAAGGGUCAGAUCCACCUUUGGUCUGCCCGCAGCCGUGAGCAAGUCCCGGCGGUCAAUUUUUACAGUCUUCUAUGGGAAGUGAAAGCGGGUAAGAAACGAAGAAGAGGAAAUCUUUUGCAUCUCAUUGUUAAAAUGACUACAAUGCUAUUGCUCCCUCAUUUUCACUAUCAGCGCGGAACUAAUUUGCAAACAUGGGCUGACCUGAGUCACAGGAUCUACGGCGCGGACGCUCUCCCUCCACCUCAACAGAACGACGACGUGAUUAUUAACGACGAUCUGUUCCAAGAUACUGCCAACAAUCCAAACUGGAACCUCAGCUCCACCAUGGUUGAUCAAGGGAGCCACCCUCCCCCAUUCCACGCCCAGACCAACCAGGAACAAGCACUCGCUGUGUCGCAGGAUCUUGAUAGUGACGUCCCCCCAGACAAUCACUACCCCAGCCAACGUCAAAAUUAUGAAGAAGAUAGACAUCCGUCACAAUUCGAUCAAGUUGGCGGCGGGUCUUCACAAGGUGCCGCAGCCGCGUAUGCGUCACAAUCUGAGGAGGUUUCAGAUGAUGAACAGCGGCAGGGUGGCCAACCUCAAUGUGAGCUUCGUACCGCUCCUGAUGUACACCAGCAAGGCAGUCAGGUCAUUGGUAACAUCCCCCAUCAAGGUGCCUAUUCACAUUACUCUACCUCGUACUUUUGUCAUGUAACCGAGAACGCAAGCUUUCCAAUUCAGAAAUAUAGGUUCAAUGCUAACUCCCAACGCUUAGGCACUGCAACCAUAGCGCCAUGUACUAAGCAUGUAGUUGGUAAUGGAUAUCAGCAGAGGAUUAAUGUGCAUGAUGUCACAACCAGUGGUUCCUCGGAUGAGCCUAAUUGGGAUGACUUGGUAAACCGAGCCUAUGGUCCCGCCAUUGACCUAGCGACCCACAACCGUCUCAAACAAGAACAAGCUACUCAGGAAGAGCGGGCAAAACAGUCCCGCAAAGACUGGCUAGCCUGGGAAACCGCCCAAGAAGCCACACAAGCAGAUCAAGCAGGCAUUCCUCUGCCAAAUGCUCCUUCGCUUACCAACGCUCAACCUACAAGUGCCGUUGUUUCCUCUGUUGGCGCUACUACUACGGCGCCUCCGCCACCGCCCUAUGUCCCUCAGCUUAGCUUUGCGGAUGACUGGCAUGGAGCGCUUGCCUAUCGGCGCCGUAUCAUCACCCCGCCCGCUAUCGAUCCUGAGAACGACCCGACUAUUCGCCUAGUACUCGGAGCUUCUGAGCAUUGGAUAUGGAAGCUGGUCCAGGCUUUCCAAAAUAUUGAGAAUGUCCGCGACCGAGAAGGCUCUGCCGAUAUCAAAAAGUUUGAGGAGGAGAACUUCAUGAUCCAGAAGAUCAACAUCGAGGCCGCUUGUCGAGAACUUUUUGUACGUAGAUUGCCCAUGUUCCCACUGGUCCUGUACGGAUACCGGGGAAAUGGACGGGUUGAUAGGGCAGCUGCUCCAGAGGCUGGUCUCGCCGCAGACCGGGAUGGAUCGUGUCAUGACCGGAUCCGGAACAUUGUGAACGCAUUGAAGUUUGAUAAGCGUAUUUGUCGAGAUAUCCUUAAUGAUACUUCCAAACUUGAGGACCUCGUCAACGCGCCCCUGGCUUAUGCUAAGACCUUUGCUGGAUUGACUAACGUUUUGAAGACGAAAGAUUCGAAUGCUAAAAACAACGAUCACCGUACGAGGCUCGGCACUGAGAAUAAGAAGAUGACCGAGGAGAACAAGAAGUUGAAGGAGCGACUUGGUGAGCCUGACUUAGAGACCUCAACCCCCACCGGCAAACCCGCGACACCUGCGACCACCAAGUCAACCACUCGCAAAGGUCAAGGUCGGAGAGUUGGUGCCGAUGUGAGGACACCUCAAGCCAGCCGUGGCGGAGGAAAUCCACCACUUGAUCAUAUAGGUCGGAUUAUCUUCACUUGGCCAAAUAAACGUGGCAGCAAAGCUAAGCGCGGAUCGCAACCAGCUGAAUCUCUACAGAACGUAGGUCCUCUGGCUCACGCUCCCUCAACGCUGAUGGGUCGAAGCUCGCCCAGUCAGGGCCCGCUCUCGGGGUAUUCAGAAGCUGGAUAUGUUCCAAGGCCGCCACUACCUGAAGGUUUCCGAACUCAAGGUUACCAGGGCGUUGUUGGUCAAGGCUUCGGACGUCCGAGUCAAUCUUUGACUAGACAACCGUCCCAAGGCCAAGCUGGCCAACUCUCCCAGGGUCGAGUUUUCCCGCGUCAAAUUUCCCAGAGCCAAGGUUUCCCGCGUCACCCGCCCCAAGAUCAAGAUUUUCUGAGUCGACCCUCUCAAAGCCAAGUCCUCCCACGACAACUGUUCCAUGAUCAAGCUGGCCCAGGCCAGUUGCCUCAAGGUCAACUGUCCCACGGCCAACUAUUCCCACCCCAAUUCCUCUCAGUCUCGACCGCCCCGGGUCAAUCUCUUCAACCUCCACUAGCUCAGCAUGGCGCGAACCAACCUCUCCCAACCACUCAAGAUCCUCCGACCGCCCAAGCUCCUUCGAGCCUUCAAGCUUCUUCCACCCAAGGCCAAGUUUCAGCAUCCUCAGCCGACAACAGCAGGAAGCGUGCGCACGGCGAAGGCAGCGCCAACGCCGCCACUAACAUCCCAACCCCAAAACGCUCUAAAGGGGGCGACAAUCUCCCAGAUACUCUAUCGAAAGCGAGAGUCAGAGUAAGGACACCAGUAACCGUUGAUGUUCAGCUGAAAGAGACUCAGUUCUGGAUGGAUUCAUGA